AUGGAUUUUGUAAUCUUGGUGUGUCUCACGGUGGCUACGAUCGUACUGCUACUAUCAAAUGUGACGCGACAGUGUCAUGGACGUUUUGAACGUUUUGUUAAUUGUGGUGAACUGUAUUUUGCAUUGGCCAUGUCGUUUCUCUCGGCACUCGCGUUCUUGGGUAUUCUAAUGCUUGGCAAACGCAAGAAUACAGCGAACACUCGAGAUCAGCAACAGAGUGAAGGUCGUCCUGGGCACGAGAAUGCCUACCAAGAAGAGAAUACACCAGUCGCUACUGCAGUGUAA